CAAAAAUCCAUUCCACUCCCGCUGAAAACACCCACAAAUAGCAAACCCUAAAAGUCAGAAUUUUGGCCUUCGGAACGGGAGAGCCCCAGUUGUGGUGUGGGCGACAAUGCUGAAGCAAUCAAAAAGCAUCGCAUCCCCACCAUCGACGUUGAAUUCGAAGACUCCAGGAGGAAGAAAAAUUGACCAAAACGACACGAGAGAGAUCAGCGUGGAAUUUCGACACUGACCUCGCCUUUUUACGUAGCGUAAUUUUUUUGGAUUUUGUCUUCGAUUUUGGUUUUUGUCUUGCUUGUAUGUGUCCUGUUGUUGUUGUUGUUGUUGUUGUUGUUUUUUCGAGUCAUCUCGCUUCAUUCGCUGCACACCAGCCAUGCACCAGGACUGAUCAUUGUACCACCAAGCUCCCUGCAGCUUCGAAGCCUCGAGUGGGGAGGAGGAGGAGGAGAAGGACGACAAUGGCCGUGAAGCUGCUGCAGGGAAUUGCAACGAGGAGGAGGAGGAGCUGGCGAUGGUGAUGUACGUGCACACGGCUUCGUUGCUCAGGUUUUGUGAGCUCGUGGUGAUCUGGAGCUGAAUGAAGCCUUUACCAUGGCAGCCACUACUGCGGCCGUGGAGUCGGAGCUGCUGCUGGCGGACUAGCCUUCAGGUUUCUGUGAAUGGGCCUUUUGGUGUGAUUUGAAGCGAGUGCUCUUGCAAAACUGACCUUUAUGGUGGAGAAGAAAGGAUGCAGAGAUGGGGUUCCUUCUGCUGGCAAUGGAUUCCACCAGGAUGAUAGGUUACACAAUCGCCGAAAUCAUCGCUCACAGUGAGACUGGAGGAACAGGUCGUGAUUCUACCACAUAGUGAAAUAUCUCUUCCCCUUUACGUCAAGUUACAUCAAAAGACAUAAGGAAACGAAACGAAAAGAGAAAGGGGCUUCGUCUGAGGUGGGUCAGUCUGAGGAAUCCGUGUAAUUUGAACACAGAUGACAGGAAUUCAAUCAGAUUCGAAAUAUGAAGGAGGACAUGAAUGCUUUGCUAGUACUAUGAAGGAUCUUUGCAGCGGGAAGGAGUGGAGAAAGAUAUCAACUGUGUGGAGGCUGCUUGUUCUGGUAGUCAUCGGAGCUGUUAGUUUAUACAUGUGCAUGGUGGGCGUGGGCACAAGGCAAUUCCCAUUCGAGUCCGUGGAAGGGGCAGUCGUCAAAGACUGGAGACGAGAGGAUGAAUCCUGUGCUCCACGGGGCCCUUCCGUGGAUUAUUACCAGCACUACCCUCUUCCGCAUUCAUAUGGAAGGCAAGAGUGUCAAUGCACCCCUGUACACUUUUUUGUAAUAUUAUCAAUGCAAAGAUCAGGCAGUGGGUGGUUCGAGACGCUUCUCAACAACCACCCAAACAUUAGUUCCCACGGUGAGAUUUUCUCUGUCAAGCCACGGAGAGCGAAUUUUUCCACCAUCGCACGCACCAUGGACAAGAUCUACAAUCUGGACUGGCUGAAUAGUGCUGCUAAGAACGAAUGCACUGCAGCUGUGGGUUUCAAGUGGAUGCUCAACCAGGGACCGAUGGAAUACAGCAGGGAGGUGAGCGACUAUUUUGAGAAAAUGGGCGUCUCUGUCAUUCUACUUCUUCGGCGAAACGUGUUGAAGCGGCUAAUUUCCAUCCUGGCAAACGCAUACGACCGCAAAGCGAAACCACUGAACGGCAUCCACAAGUCGCAUGUCCACUCAGUCGAAGAGGCCAUGAAAUUGGCAGAAUACAGGCCAGUCAUCGACGUGAACCACUUGACAGACAACUUGCACAGAGUGGAACAAAUCACUGACGACGCUCAACGCUUCUUCAACAACACUCGUCUCCGAGUCGUUUACUACGAAGAUCUCGUUAUGGAUCCAAAGCAUCUUAUGCAGGUCCAAGAGUUUUUGGGGGUGCAGCCUCGCAAACUGGAAAGCCUGCAGGUGAAGAUCCACACUCGGCCACUGAGAGAACAGAUUCAGAACUGGGAUGCAGUGUUGGCUCGCUUGAAAGCAACUCAGUAUGAGACUCUACUCAACGAUGGGGAUUCCACCUGAUUCCUUUCUCUUUCUUUUCUCAUUUUUUGCUGGUUUUUGUACACUGUUUUAUCACUUUUUUCCUCUUUAUUUCUGGUUCCAUUUCACAUUGUUUCUAUUCUUUUGUUAGAGUCCUGUGUAGAAGAAAAAAUUCCACACACACUCCCCUGGUUUGCCUGUUCAACUGGAAUCCUUUGGGGAUGAUUAGUGUAAAUCCUGUUCGUCAUUUUUUUAAUGAGAGAACCCAAUUUUUCUUGAA